UUCCCAGGAGUCUCCAUCGACAGAUGGGAGUGAGACAGAAGAAGCAGAGACCUACGUUAACCCUCUCUCUCUCUCUCUCUCUCUCUCUCUCCCGCUUCCCCUCUGCUCUCCCUCUUUACAGCCAUGUCGUCUUCUUCUUCUGGGUAUUCCUUAUUGUUUAACAUAGCGAGACUAUUUGCGACGUUGUUGGUUUUGGUGGCGUGCCAACAUGUGCAAGCCGUGAAAUUACCGUUUCACCCCAAGGACGUGCUACCCUUUUUGCCUAGGCAGGUUUCGUGGCCGAUUCUCAACUCUCUGAACGCCGCGGUGGAUCUUCUGCCCAGCUUUGUGGGCGCAGCUUCGGCUCGAAACGACACCGUGUCGUGGAAAGGUGCCUGCUUCUACGACAACAGGGCUUGGAUGGAGUUCCACAACAAGACUGGAAGCGAGUUUGGUGGAGGAACUCUUCAUAUUAAGGUCAGCAAAGCCCACAGUUGGACAUGCAUGGAUCUUUACGUCUUUGCCACUCCAUAUCGUGUGACAUGGGAUUACUAUUUCCUGUCUCGAGAGCACACCUUCGACUUCAAGGAGUGGGAAGGGAAAGCUGAGUAUGAGCACGUGAAAAACAGGGGAGUUUCUAUAUUCCUUACAGCAGGGAUGCUGGGAACUCUUCAAGCAUUGUGGGAUGUGUUUCCCUUAUUUACAAACACAGGAUGGGGUGAGACAUCUAAUAUUGCAUUUCUCGAAAAGCAUAUGGGUGCUUCUUUUGAACAACGUCCACCCUGGGUGACAAACAUGAGCACUGAGGAUAUUCACUCUGGAGAUUUUCUUGCAAUAUCCAAGAUUCGUGGGCGAUGGGGUGGUUUUGAGACUCUGGAGAAGUGGGUAACUGGAGCAUAUGUUGGUCAUUCUGCUGUUUGCUUGAGGGAUUCCGAAGGGAAGUUAUGGGUUGGUGAAUCAGGUCAUGAAAAUGAACAGGGAGAAGAUGUGGUUGCUAUCUUACCAUGGGAGGAGUGGUGGGAGUUUGAGCUUAACAAGGAUGAUUCUAAUCCCCAUAUUGCAUUACUUCCUUUGCAUCCUGAUAUGCGAGCCAAGUUCAAUGAGACUGCAGCAUGGAAGUAUGCCCUAAGCAUGGCAGACAAACCAUACGGUUACCAUAACAUGAUAUUUAGCUGGAUAGACACUAGAAGUGGGAACUAUCCGCCACCAUUGGAUGCUCAUCUGGUUGCUUCUGUUAUGACAGUAUGGAAUCAUAUACAACCAGAUUAUGCUGCUAACAUGUGGAAUGAAGCCUUGAACAAGCGACUUGGAACUAAGGACCUUGAUCUUCCUGAUAUAUUGGUGGAACUUGAAAAGCGAGGAUCAUCAUUUGAUGAACUAUUGGCAAUUCCUGAACAAGAUAAUUGGAUAUAUAGUGAUGGGAGGUCCACAUCAUGUGUUGCUUUCAUUCUUGAAAUGUAUAAAGCGGCUGGGUUGUUUGAUCCCAUUGCUACAGAGAUUCAGGUCACUGAGUUCAUGAUUAAAGACGCAUACACACUCAGGUUUUUUGAGAACAACUCAAGUCGGCUGCCAAAAUGGUGCAAUGAUGGGGACAGUGUGAAACUUCCCUAUUGUCAGAUCCGAGGGAAGUAUCGGAUGGAGCUACCUGGAUACAAUACAAUGGACCCAUAUGCCCACAUGAAUGAAAGGUGCCCAUCUCUGCCACCAAAAUACAACAGACCUAAAAACUGCUGAAGAACUUCAAAUCCUCAGAA